UUCAUGUGAAGAUGAGUGAAAGCAGGUGUAAGUGAAUGCAACAAAAGGAAUCAUGGCUGCCAAAGUGUUUGAGUCCAUCGGAAAGUUCGGCCUGGCUUUAGCAGUUGCAGGAGGCGUGGUGAACUCUGCUUUAUAUAACGUGGAUGCUGGGCACAGAGCUGUCAUCUUUGACCGAUUUCAUGGAGUACAGGACAUUGUGGUAGGGGAAGGGACUCACUUUCUCAUCCCUUGGGUACAGAAACCAGUUAUAUUUGACUGUCGCUCUCAACCACGGAAUAUACCAGUCAUCACUGGUAGCAAAGAUUUGCAGAACGUCAACAUCACACUGCGUAUCCUCUUCCGGCCCGUAGCCAGCCAGCUUCCUCAUAUCUACACCAACAUUGGCCAGGACUAUGAUGAGCGGGUGCUGCCAUCUAUCACCUCAGAGAUCCUCAAGUCGGUGGUGGCUCGCUUCGAUGCUGGAGAAUUGAUUACCCAGAGAGAACUGGUCUCUAGGCAGGUGAGUGAUGACCUCACAGAGCGAGCGGCCACAUUUGGGCUCAUCCUAGAUGACGUGUCCCUGACACAUCUGACCUUCGGGAAGGAGUUCACAGAGGCGGUGGAAGCCAAACAGGUGGCUCAGCAGGAAGCGGAGACAGCCAGAUUUGUGGUGGAAAAGGCUGAGCAGCAGAAGGUGGCAGCCAUCAUUUCUGCUGAGGGGGACGCUAAGGCGGCUGAGCUGAUUGCCAACUCGCUGGCCACAGCAGGCGAUGGCCUGAUCGAGCUGCGCAAGCUGGAGGCUGCUGAGGACAUUGCGUACCAGCUCUCCCGCUCUCGGAAUGUCACCUACCUGCCAGUGGGGCAGACUGUGCCCCUCAAGCUUCCCUACCUACCUGUGGUUAUAAUUCUGAAGUGGCUUCAUAGGAUGGAGCUAAGGUGUUGGCAGAAUCCUGCAUUACCUGGAAGCUCCAGAGGAGAGAAUUUUGCUCCCUUCUUCCAUCUCCCAGGAGCUGCAAGUGUCACUUGGCUUGUGGCUGUAUCAGCGGUCUUCAGAGCUGGUGUUUUCAAGGACCCCUGACCCCUGUCUUCCCAUGGCCUUUUCUCUGUGUCAGGUCUCCCUCUGGCUUCAUCUUAGAAGGAUACAUGUAAUUAAA